AUGGCUUCCGGGCAUCUGAGUCUAAUAGCUGAAAUAGACCUGCCAAAUGAGAACCGUAAUCCUUUCCGCGCUUGGCGUGGGCGUUCACUGUCAUUGUUGGAGCAGAUUGACAAUCCUCGUCCUAUGACAAGCAUGUCUUGUAUGCCUUUGGGCACGCAUUCAUCAAUCCGAUCUUCAGUCUCAUCGCCGCAUCCUGGCUCUGAACUUGGUACUUCUGAUACAGACAUCACCAUUCAGCCAGGUGGCGAACAAACCAUCCGAGUCGAAACACCAACACUUCGAUCUUCGAACCACAACGCGUCAAAUAACUCUAAGAGUACUCGUUCCAGUUUCCAGAAGCUUGUGCAGCUCUUCUCACCUACCAGCACUGGGCCUAACAAGACAUCGCCGGACUCUGAUCGCGGCAAACCUCGCAAAUCGAUGUCAGUUGAUCGAAACGAUCGACGGAUAACCGAACCACCUGCCCCGGACCUGAAACCUAGGGUUAUGGGUAAUUCUGCUAAUCCGCAUCGAGCCGCCGCAACCAGUUGGCGUUCUACAGUCAGUGAGCGAGAUUAUCGGCGUGUCCUAAAUGAUCAUGGUCCGGAUGAAAUUCGCCGUCAACAAAUCAUAUGGGAACUUAUCACCACUGAGAUUGAUUUCGUACAAGAUCUUCGCAAGGUUUUGAAGCUUUUCGCCAGCCCUCUUAGACAAGUAUCGAAUGGAGCUUGGAUCAGUGGAGUACCUAAAUCAGUAGGCGAACUAUUUGACGCUUUGAGUACGAUCCUGGAAUUACAUGAGGAAAUCGACUUGGCACUUGAAGGGUUAUUACAAGUUACUCCUUCGCCUCCUAUUCUUCAAGUUGCACCUACGCUUUUACCUCUGAUACCACAUCUUCGAAUUUAUGAAAGGUAUUUGGUCAAAUUUGAGUCUGUCACCAAACUUUUAGAAAAGUAUCUUCUUACAACACCAGAUCAAGAUUCCCCGUUUUUUGGUGAAUUUCUAAGAAUUCAAUCAUUGAAGUUGGAUGAAUCAGAUAAAUUGAGCUUGCUGAGUUUCUUGUUGAAACCUGUACAACGCUUGAUGAAAUACCCGUUAUUCUUUCGUGACCUGAGCCAGCGAACUUCUGUAGUUCAUCCAGAUCACUUUGCCACAUCCGAAUUAUCGAAAAUCAUCGAAAAGACCAUUCGCCAAGUUGAACAGUCAAAAGUCAGAGAAGACGAGCAGCUCGCGCUGAAGAUGAUCGAGGUCAAUCUACGAGGUCUCCCUCCUGGGUUCGUACUAGCAGCGCAAGGUCGUAGCUUAUUGCGUGAAGGUGCUCUGGCUCGUUUGUCUCCUUUGGUCACCGCCGUGGCUAUAGGUCGUCCCACAAGGAGAAGCCGAACUUCUUCUGAAGUACCUAAGAUUUCGCCAGCCACUCGCCCGCUCUCUCAGACCUCAGAUUUCAGUGAGAAAAGUAGGAGUACGAGGUCGAUGCGGAGUGGUUGUAGUGCCUCAACUUCCUAUAACACCCCUUCUGAGCACGAGGACGUUCGUGAUAUCACAGUGAAUGACACAUCUGAAAUCGGCUUCCAUCCUAUCACCCAUUGUAACCCUUCACCUCGUCCGCAUCGCGCCCUCAGAUCUCGAGCGUCAGAAGGCGCAUCUUUAUCAGCAUCUUUCAAAAAAAUUGCAAUUAGCUCUCCAUAUAUGUUUGUGAUGAACGAUUUGGUCAUCUUUGCUGAACCUCUACGAAGGCUUAGGAAAGCACCUUUGUAUCGCAUUUUGGACUGUAUUGGACUAUCACGCGUACUCAGGGUCAUUGACUUGUCUAAAGACGCAUCAAUGAGACUUGGUGAAGAUUUCACGCAUCCAGCUCAUCUUGAACUACACCUUGAACCAAUUCAACUCUCGAAGGACGCACUAAACCCAAAAAAACAAGGAUCAGGCCCAAAGUCAACCACGAUUGUUCAAAUCACACUCCCAGAUCCAAGUUUGAUUUCAGAAUGGUUUCAUGUAUUAGAGUCAUCAGUUUAUUCAUCUCCAGUCAUAUCACAAACCAUAACAGAUCGAACUUUGAUUGAAAAGGGUCAGAAGAGAAAAACUUUAAAUCGAGAUACUAGAGUUCAAUCUAGAUCAUUAUUUAAUUUAUCAGCUGAAUGGAACAAGAAAAAUCGCUCUGGUCGGCAUGCUUCACACCAAGGGAUCACACCGCCUGUACCACCUUUACCAUCAGUCCACUUUCAUCCGAAUGUAUCAACUUAGUUCAUUUUCGUCAACAUAUCUUCCUCACCAUUUUUUGAUUUUCUCUCCUAGGCCUUGAAGUUUCAUCGACAAUUCUUUUCUUUCUCUAUCUCUAUAUCUGUCUAUCAUUACUAACCAUUUUCAAAUGAUUUGUAUCCCUUCAUCUUCUCAUCAAGAAACGAUUAUCUCUUGAAAAUUCACUCGUUUAUUCCACUCCGUCAAAGAAAAUGCAAAAAGCAUCAACUAUGCAGCUAACUUAAAGUCAACACCAUCAUCAAUAAGAAAAAAAAUAAAGAAACACAAAAAUUCAGCAAGAAUAAGCACAUCAAUUAUUUUUAUACAUCUCUCAACUUUCAAAAGAAGACAAUUGAACAAUAACCAAAUUUGUAAAGUUGUAAAUAUGAAAAGUAGUUUGAAAGUUUUUAAUACUGUUUAACUUUGUAAAAUCAUCUGAUCUUUCUCUUUCAUCCGUCAUUCUCGUUUUCUUUUCUUUGAUUGACGUACGUUAUCAAUUUCUUCUAAAGCCAAAUUAUUCAUCGUAUCUAUUUUAUUGUUUUUUCCUAUUUGAAAUUUUCUUUUUGUCCUGAAUUUGAUUUUUUUUAAUAUUCACAUACACUCGUUAUUCUGAUUUGUUUUGUGUUUUCUUGUAAGCUCGUCACUCGUUUUGAUCCUUUUUAUGAGGAUUCGAUAAAAAUCCUUAUUGGGCUUCUUUUUGGGUU